UCAGAUCCCUAAAAAUCGAAAACCCGAACGCAUAACUGACCAUGGUCUUUCACGUAGCUUGUCCAAUUACAUGCCGGAAAAUUUGUGACUGCUUGUUGGGGUUUCCACGGAUUCUCCAUGGCAAGAAUGUGUUCCUCAACGACAUCCACUCUCUCGAAAAGCUCCUGCGAGACCCCUGGGAUGCGGAUGUUGGCGUUCUCAAGGAUGGUACCGUUCAGAUCCACGUGCCUAAGCUCGCUCCUCCCGUUGCUACUAGAGAUGUUGGAGAUGAAUCGGCGCUCAAGGUUGCCGCAUCGUCGAUUUCGACACCAGGCAAACGCACGGUGCUGCUGCUGAAGAAGAAGAAUGUAGCUACUGCGAAUCCUGACUUUGACGACGUUCCUGUUAAAGAGAUCGAUGGAGAAGAUCAAGACCAUCAUAGUGCAAGUAUUACGUGUCACAUGUGCUAUAUAGUUGAAGUUGGGAAAAGCGAGAGAGCAAAGAUGCUUUCUUGUAAAUGUUGUGGCAACAAGUAUCAUAGAAAUUGCUUGCAGCUUUGGGCUCAACAUAGAGAUUUAUUUAGUUGGAGCUCUUGGGCUUGCCCCUCUUGCCGAACCUGUGAGGGAUGUGGAUCUACAGGGGAUUCAAAGAAGUUGAUGUUUUGCAAAAGAUGUGAUGAUGCCUAUCAUUGUGAUUGCCAACAACCUCGACACAAGACUGUUACUUCUGGACCUUAUUUGUGUCCUAAACACACCAAAUGUUACAGCUGUGGAUCUAAAGUCCCCGGGAAUGGACAGAGCUUACGUUGGUUUUUGGGCCAUACUUGCUGUGAUGCUUGUGGAAGGUUGUUUGUUAAGGGAAAUUACUGUCCUGUAUGUUUGAAGGUUUACAGGGACUCAGAAGCAACACCAAUGGUGUGUUGUGACUUCUGCCAGCGCUGGGUUCAUUGCACGUGUGAUGGAAUCAGCGAUGAGAAAUAUAUGAGGUUUCAAAGUGAUGGGAAUCUUCAAUACAAAUGUUCUACUUGUCGAGGAGAAAGCUACCAGGUCAAAGAUCUUGAGGAUGCUGUAAAGGAAAUUUGGAAGCGAAAAGAUAUUGAGGAUAAAGAGCUAAUUGCUAGCCUGAGAGCUAAUGCAGGAGUCGUUGAGCAAACUGGUGGUGCUCCUCCUAUUAAUCAGCCUGGUUCUGUCGAAAGAAAAGUUGCUGAGAAAGUUAUGGUCAGUGGUGAAGACGAGAAGCCAUUAAGAGUUCUCAGGAUAAAAAGUAGGAGAUCUCAAGAUUCAGAUUGUGAGAAAUUUGGAAAAAACUCUACAGAGCCGAACCCUGGGAAGGCCAAAAAAUUGGUGAUAAGUAUAGGCCCUCGAAACGCAGGGGUUACAAACCCGUUAAGAAAGUGUAAUGAAGAAAAGAGAGAUGAGGUAGGAACUUCUAAGGUCGGAAUUAUCGGGAGUCACACAGAAGUUGCAGGAGAUUUAAAUGGUGGCCAACAAGAGGAGUUGCAGAAAGAUUCAAGACCAUUGCUGAAACUCAAGAUAAAAACGCAUAAUCCGGAGAGCCAGGAACAACGAGAAGCCCCUAGGAUUGUCUAUGAAAGAAGUAAGUCUGGCAAAGGACAUAGGUCUAAGAGAAAGAGAUCAGCUGAAAAAUCAGGGUUCAACGAAGAUGAAGAUGUGUCACUAUCACGUGAGGAGAGUGCGUUAGACGAAAUGCUUGAUGCUAGUUGGAUUCUGAAGAAACUGGGGAAGGACGCAAAAGGAAAGAAGGUUCAAAUACAUGAGGCCACAGAUGAUUCAUGGGAGAAAGGAGUGGUGAGUGAAGUAGGAGGAGAAGGAGGGGCAUCGAAGUUGAUGGUGACGCUUGAGAAUGGAAAAGUAAAGACAGUGGAGCUAGGAAAGCAAGGUGUUAGAUUCAUUCCUCAGAAGCAAAAGAGGACGAGAACGUGACGAGGUGGUUGUAUCCACAUUUGGAACAACAUUAGCUUCUUUAUCCAUUUGUAUUCCUUUAGAUUCUGUGUGUACAUUUUGACACAAGAUUAGCUUCUUAUUUGACUGUGAGUAGAAAGAAAUGGUGAAUUUUCAAAAGAUGUUAAGAGAAAAAUUCGCUAAGCAUUAGUUUCUUUAGAUUUUUUAUGUUGCAGAAAAAAAAAACAUUAUGCCCAACGACUCGUGCACUACUAGCUCUCA